AUGGGGACGGAGAAACCGAGCGCCGGGAACCAUGGAGAAAAGAGCAAGAAUAAGGGGAUCUUCCAGGUGGCGGAGUCCCCCCCUGGGAGGUUGGGCGAAGAGUCCUCGAAGAAAGGAGAAUUCAAAAAAGCGGUGCCGAAGAAGAACAUCCUGAGUAAUUACAAAGUGAACAAAGGGGCGCUGCAGUCCAGCGAUAAGUUAGUGAAGAAUGUGGACUCGUCCGACAAGGAGGAGGGCCCCAGUGGAAACAACGAAGACAGUGACGAGGAGAGUGACCGUAGCAUGAGUGUCGCACGGGGGGGAGGCACUCGAUCGGGACGGGCUACAGCCGAUGCAACGGGAGGAGCGCCCGAUAGGGGAGCAAGACAAGGCCCCAGCGACAUAAAAAUUUUAGUGACGAGCGAUGAGCCUCUGCACACGUUGCCCUCUGGAGCCGUGGAGAGGAGGGCUCCGCUGAACCCCUUUGCAUCUCCCAUCCUCGGGAAGUACAGAAGGAAAAACAGAAACGCCAAAGUGAAGGUGAAGGACCCAAGACUGAAUAACAACCCACUGGUGGGCAGGUUAAUCGUUUGUAUAUCUUCCACGGCGAUACUCUUUUGGGUCUUCUUUGCAGAAAUGAUUUUUAAUUAUAACACGUUUAAUGGUAGGUGUAUAUCCAAGGUGCUGUACCCUAUUUACACAGAACACGUGGAAAAGAAGAGAGAACCUUUUUUCGUGUUCCUUGGUUAUGGAGCAUGUGAAUACAAUUUAGAAGAGUCGGCAUCUGAGCGACAUUUCGUAGGGACCAGUGCCUCGGAUAAAGGUUGGCCCACAAACAAAGUAGAAGAGAAUGCAGAUGGAAGAGGAGAGUCUAGCUGGGAUAGUGUAAAUACACGUGUAUAUAAUCAGUUAGGAGGACUGAAUACAAAUUAUAUUCGAAACUAUGGAGAGCUCUAUCGUCUCUUUUGGUCAGUUUAUUUACAUGGUGGGUUCAUGCACAUUAUUUUUAAUGUGAUUUGUCAAAUACAGAUUCUGUGGAUGAUUGAACCUGAUUGGGGAUUCAUACGAACCCUUCUCCUUUUCUUUACAUCUGGAGUGACAGGCAAUUUAUUGUCCGCUGUUUGUGACCCAUGUGGUGUUACCAUAGGUUCCUCUGGCUCCUUAUACGGUUUAAUAGGAGCUCUCUUCACCUACCACAUAGAGUAUUGGAAGACCAUUCCUCGUCCUUGUUCUGUUUUAAUUUUUAUGGUGGUGGUAAUUAUAUUUGGAAUCUUCAUUGGUAUGUUUGGGUACACCGACAAUUAUGCUCACAUGGGUGGUUGUCUGGGGGGGAUCCUUUAUGGUUUUGCUACCAUCACCACUGUUUCUGCAGCAGACAAAUGUACUUUGGGGGAACGUAUGUUGACUUCUCCUCCCUUUUCAUGGUUCCUAUCCAAUGAAACUAAAGAAUUAAUUAAUGCAAAAGCUAGGGAAAAAAAAAUACGAGGAGAAAAUUACAGAAAGAAACAAAUCGCUAACAAAGUACACAAGGAGGAUGCUUUUCAUAUCCUCAUGUCCCUUAUGAAAAAACGAAUCAAUGAUGAAGGAAGACCACCAUGUAGAAUGAAACUAAGGGAAUGGAUCGUUCGAAUCACUGCUGCCUCUGCUCUUAUCAUCAUGUGGAUCGUGCUAUUCGUUUACCUACUCAACGAGACCGCCUACAAGUCCUACACACCCAUGGGCCAAAUCAAAUUCACGGGCGUCCACACCUGCUUCUGCUGCGAGGUCACCAGGGAGAAGUUCCCCUUCAUCAGCGUGGGAAACUUUUACUGGUGCUUCACCAACGAGGAGGCCUCCAAGUACUACUGCGCCAAGUAG